GUUGUUUUGUUCUUCUGGUGAUUCAAAUUUGGUUUUACGUUUCAAAUCACUUUAUAGUCAUUUCCUUUCUAUUUUUCUACUUUUUACAUUCUACACAUUGUGAAUUUGCGAAAUAUCGUUCAUCAACCAUGACCGACGUUGACGGUGGAACUCGGUCUUUCUUCGUUGAUUUGGAUGAUGCUGAAGUUCCGUCAGAAUUUCUCAGAGUGUUCGAACGGGUUGAGAAUUUGAAAUGCGUAAUCUGUCUUUUAAAAGGUUGGGAUGAAGAGGUAGCUGCCUCAAAAGAUUCUACUGUCAAGAGUCUUUCAAAUGCAAGACGAAAUAUUGUGAAGAUAAGAUCCAUCAUUCAAGCGAUACAGGAAAACAUUGAAUGUCUCCAAGAAGAAAGAAAUUUUGCCAAGUACCAACAGCAGAAGUUACUAUAUAUUCUCAACAACAUCCCCGAUAGAUUUAAUUGUCUAGUCCCUACACAGAAAAAGGGAGAUAAUAAUUUGGCCUCAGUCACUUCUAGUGAGCCUAGUACUAAAGAACAUCCAAGUACAGAACAGCCUUUAAGGAACAAGACAGUUUGCAACAUCCCUGAAGUAUUGUUUCUCACAUUGGACGAGUUUGAAAAAACACCAAAGUACUUGAGGGGAAGAGUGACAUACGAGAAAAUUAAUGGAUUCAUUGAGGUGUUUAACAAGGUUCUCACAAGUAAGUAUGCAGUUUUUAAGAAGAAAAAGUCAACUCUUAAGAAAAAGGAUGCUGAUUUGUGGAAUGCAUACUUCAAGCAAGAAUUAAAAGAAACAAAAGGACUUUACUUUUGUGUGGCUGAUGACUUUAAAAAUUUGAAUGGAUGUGUUUUGGAUAAAGCAUCUCUGAAUAUGUUAACCAUACUGAGGCAUUGUGGAAGGAUAAGAGAGUUAAGAACUGGAGGUAUCCUACGAUAUGUGGCAGUGUUUUAACUAAAAUCUGAUAAAUUUAUUUAAUAAUGCCUGUCUACCUUGAUUGAAAUAUGAGAAUUGAAUGAUCAAAUAGAAACUUUGUUUGUUAAAGUAUUUCAGUUAAAUUGUCUGGUUUUUAAGUAACACUGACUGCAUAUAUUUGUCAAAAUAAAACCUCAUUUUAGAAUAA